AAGAUUUUGUGUCGAGUUUUUUCUGCACGCGCUGGAGAAGGCUUCCUCCAUGUGUUCCGAGCAGCGCCGCGCCAGAAGAGAGCUCUACGAGGCUCCUGGCGGUAACCUGGUUGAGUCUCCCGGCUCAAGUCUCCCGGCUCAAGGCUCUAAGAGAGCUCUACCCCGGCUCAAGUCUCCCUGCUCAAGGCGUCUCUGCCUGAGUAACCUCCAGACGUUCUAGCGGGCCACAGCCUCGGGGAGUGAGACUGGACGAAGGGCCGCGAGGCCUGGGCGAUCCUGGGAUCCCCCGAGGCUUUCUGCCGGCAUACAUAACCCCUGUGUGUCUUGUACGCUGAAUUGUAUUGGAUUGUUGAUUGUGAUUGCCUCGCGUGGUCAUUUUGAUUGUUGAUUGUGAUUGCCUCGAGUGGGCAUUCAGUGCAUCCUUUUCCAGUGCAUAGUCAUUCAGUUUGAUCGUUGUCUUUGAUUAUUGCUUGUGAUUCGGCAGUGUUGCCUUCUGUCCAUAAUCAUGGUGCAUGUUCGGAGUUGGCAGACACGGAUCGCUCGUCGUGCACGCGCAGCGGAACAGAAAGUUGUUGCUCCCACGCGGUAUCCCAUCUCGUUGCAAAGCUUGGUUCUCAUGUCGCGCACGACAGAUGUGCUGCUGGAGUACUUCGCCACCCCCGUGGAGCCCUUGCCAAUUCUUGCCGAAGUCCCUGGAGACACGUUGCAGCCAGCAUAUGUUUCUAUGGUUCUUUCGAAAACAUGUGAGGAAGUGGGUGCUUCCACGGAUUCUUCAAUAGAUUCCCCAACAGUUUCUUCAAUGAAUCUUUCUCCCACAGGUGCGGAGGUGGACGCCUUCGCGGAUCCCCCAACCGUUUCUUCAAUGGAUGUUGGCGUGCAAACUCAGUUCACUUGCAAGGACGCCUGUGUGCAAACUCAGUUCACUUCAAUGGAUGCUGGCGUGCAAACUCAGUUCAUUUUAAAGGACGCCUUUGUGCAAACUCAGUUCACUUUCCAGGACGCAGUCAAAACAUGGAUUGACAGGAGCACUGCCCAGAAGGGGUUCACCGGCCAGAUUGCGCUGCAGUAUUUAAUCCAGGGGCUUGAAUUAUUCGUAGACCUCAUGACAGAGCCAAUGACCAUCCCAAAACAUCAUGUAUCAUUCUGGUUCCAUACUUUGUUCAACCUCACGGAUCAUGUUCAGUCGUUUCUGGGAGAACUUUUGGAUUGUCUCAAAUCUCACCGUUUCGUGACGGGUAAAAUGGACCGUGCCGAGGAGGCCCGGUUUAAAGCUCCAGGGUACAUUGUCGAUUGUUUCAGGUUUUGUGCCAGACGGACUCUCCGAGAGUGCCAGUCGUACAGACCCGCGGAGACUCGCAGCAGACAUCCGGAGACUACAGCAAAUGUGGGAGCCCCAAGAGCUCAGAAUUACGUCGCCACGUGGGCGAAUUGCCUCUCCGUCGGGGUCGUCGUCUGUCCGUGUCGCUUCGGAUGUGAUAGCCAAGACUGGACAUCAAAAGCCGGUUCCCGAAUCUCCCCAAAGCAUUCGACUUUCUCCCGAUUACGGUGGGAGCUCUAGAGGUAGCCGCAAAGGCAGAGGCAAAGGCAAACGAUAGGGCAGCUUUGUACAUGAUUUGUGUGCCCAUCUCCCAUCUCCCUGUACAUCCCGCUUGUCAUUGUCGGCCUCUCAUUUCCAUUUCUUGUUUUGUUUUGGUGGUGGCAACUCGUAUUGUAUCUUCGCCUCUCAGGAUAGUAUUGCAUAUUCCUUCUUGCAUGAGACAUUCAGUUAUCCGAGAGUUACUUUUCUUCGCCUCGAGUGGAGUUCAGAAUUCAUUGUACUUCAGUAUCUUUGCGAUAUCCAAUCCACGUGAUUAUGCACGUGAAAUUGCCCGCUCGGGCAACGACAUAUUUCAGGAGUGUAUAGGGCAGGAGCCCCACUUCUUUUAUCAUGAUAUCAUUGCGUCCUCCUUCUUUGCAUCAGACAUUCAGCUAUCCGAGAGUUACUUUUCCUUCGCCUCGAGUGGACUUCAGUCUUGUACUGAUGAGUAUUGUACGCUAAUUCGUUCUUCGCUGCCUAGAGUGGUGCUCGUAAGUCUCGGUUCUUUCAGAUCUGCCUUGAGUGGAUUGCAUAUUGUUCAAUUUGGUUUGCAUGAUCAUGACGUAGCCAGGUCCGCCUGGCACCCCUUCAGUCUGAAGUGUUAGUUUCGCCUCAUCAGUGUUCUCACUGUUGGAGGGUUGUCUGUGACAGAUAUUGAGUUAGCAGCGGCGGAGCGUAUAUGUGAUGUGCUCCCACAGGUUGUGCAGAACUUCUUUGUUCAUUCGCAUUGAUAAGUCGCACUUUAUUCCUUCUCAUUCAUCUUCUUCUUGUAUAAUCUAACUGCUCCGCUGUUUUGUUUGUUUUUUGUUUGUUCUUCCGUGUGCUUGCGAUUGAUUGUGUCAUUGCAUGCUUUUGGUUUUCUUUAUUCCUACAGUUUCGCUGUUGUGAAAUAAGAGCUGACUGCUUGCGUGACGAAUAAGAGGCUCUGUUUCGCCUGAGACUUUGUAGGACCUGGCCUCAGUGGCCAAGACGGUCCCAGCAAAGACGCAACACAAAAAAACCUGGUUGAUGGUAUACCGCCGGCUCCCAGAUUCGAAACCAUUCCCUGUCGAUAAGCGUGCGUGCCAGUUUGAGCUGGCCUAGAUCUCGAUACAGUGCGACUAGUUUUCCAGCCUUUAGCUAUAGUUGCAGCUCGAAUUCAGACGUCUCGAUACCGUGGGCA